UUGGCUUGAACUGGCCACCGUACGACGUCACACGUCACGGCGGUGACAUCGGCGACGGCACGUAACAGCUAGUCCGCUUGCUAUAUUGAAUAUUUUCUUUAAUUCCUCUGGUAUAGUCGAGACUCUGUCGAAAAUGUAGCGUUUUCAUUGUGCUUUCAGCUCUAACCGUCACUUUGGAACCUAUAAGGCUUUUAGUCAUCUCCAGCGUGGUGAAAAGCAAAAUGGGACUAUAGAGCUAUAAAGACCUGGGCUAUCUCAAGAAGCUCACAAUGUUACCGAAAUAGCGAUCCAGUCUUCAGAGGGAGAAUCCAUCUUAAAACUCACAUGACUCCCGGGUAAUUUCUGUGGUUUGGCUGUUCCUCUUCGCCAGUAUUUUCUUAAUCAGAAAACCUUGUGGCUGCUGGCUUGACUCUUCAAAUCAGUGACUAAAAGCCUACGAGUGCCAUCGAACAUGCUUUUCUCCCUGCGUGAGCUGGUGCAAUGGCUCGGCUUUGCCACCUUCGAGCUGUUCCUCCACCUGGGUGCACUGCUGGUCUUCAGCGUGCUGGUGGCCAUCCGUGUGGACAUGCCGAACACAGGCAUGAGCUGGUGGCUGGUAUUUGUACCGCUGUUUGCUGCCGAUGGCCUCAGCACCUACUUCACAGCCAUUGUGUCCAUCCGCCUGUACCAAGAAGGAGAGAAGCGUCUGGCAGUGCUGCGACUGCUCUGGGUCCUCACUGUGCUCAGUCUCAAGCUGGUGUGUGAGGUUCUUCUCUGCCAGAAACUGGCUGAAAACGAGCAGUCUCCGGACCCGCUGUUCGGCCUCAUCAUCUCCCCACUCUUUAUCCUCUUGCAGCUGCUGAUGAUCCGUGCCUGCCGCGUUAAUUAACAUGGCGAAAACCGUCCACUGGUCCACUGUUCAGCCCACCCACGUGCCAGCAGACUUAAUUUGAAAGAACAUUCCUGGACUAUUAUUUGCUCACCCACACAACAUCUAAACCAGUUUGUGAAUUUUUGGGAGUUUCAGAGGUAAAUGCAGGGGAAAAAUGAC